CUAACAUUGUACGCUUGGCUGCCCUUUUUUUUUUGGCUACAAAACUCUAAAGUAAAGGAACUAGAAAACUCGUUUGGCGAGAGAAAGAGAGAGAGAUGAGUCAAUCAAUUUCUCCAUUAAUCUGUUCUCACUUUGCGAAAUUUCAGUCGAAUAUUUGGAGAUGCAAUACUUCUCAACUCAGAGUUAUACACUCAUCAUAUGCCUCUUUUGGAGGGAGAAGAAAAGAGAGAGUAAGAAGAAUGAAUCGAGCAAUGGAUCUUUCUUCAAGCUCUCGUCAUUUGGCAGAUUUUCCCUCAACAAUUUGGGGUGACCAUUUUCUCUCCUACAAUUCUGAAAUAACAGAAAUUACUACCCAAGAGAAAAAUGAACAUGAAAUGCUAAAAGAAAUAGUUCGGAAAAUGUUGGUAGAAACUCCAGAUAAUAGUACACAAAAACUAGUCUUGAUUGACACAAUUCAAAGAUUGGGAUUAGCAUAUCAUUUCAAUGAUGAGAUUGAAAACUCCAUUCAAAACAUCUUUAAUUUGUCUCAAAAUAGUGAAGAUGACGAUGAACACAACCUUUAUGUUGCUGCUCUUCGUUUUCGACUUGCGAGGCAACAAGGAUAUUACAUGUCUUCAGAUGUGUUCAAGCAAUUCACUAACCAUGACGGAAAAUUCAAGGAAAAUCAUACUAAUGAUGUUCAAGGAUUAUUGAGUUUGUAUGAAGCAGCACAUAUGAGAGUGCACGACGAGGAAAUUCUAGAAGAAGCUCUUAUCUUUACCACGACUCAUCUCGAGUCCGUGAUCCCGAAUUUGAGCAACUCGCUUAAGGUACAAGUUACUGAAGCCUUAAGCCAUCCUAUUCGCAAAGCUAUACCAAGGGUGGGAGCAAGGAAAUACAUACACAUAUAUGAAAACAUUGGAACACAUAAUGAUUUACUUUUGAAAUUUGCAAAGUUGGACUUCAACAUGUUACAAAAGCUUCAUCGAAAAGAGCUUAACGAGCUAACAAGCUGGUGGAAAGAUUUGGAUCGUGCAAACAAAUUUCCAUAUGCAAAGGACAGAUUAGUAGAAGCUUACUUUUGGACGGUGGGAAUAUAUUUUGAACCUCAAUAUAGUCGUUCAAGAAGUUUGGUAACAAAAGUAGUCAAAAUGAACUCCAUUAUUGAUGACACUUAUGAUGCUUAUGCAACUUUUGAUGAGCUUGUGCUUUUCACGGAUGCGAUCCAAAGAUGGGACGAAGGUGCCAUGGAUUUAUUACCGACAUAUCUGAGACCUAUUUAUCAAGGCCUUCUCGACGUUUUCAAUGAAAUGGAAGAAGUAUUGGCCAAAGAAGGUAAAGCAGAUCACAUCUACUAUGCGAAAAAAGAGAUGAAAAAGGUGGCGGAAGUCUAUUUUAAGGAAGCUGAAUGGUUGAAUGCUAACUACAUUCCAAAAUGCGAGGAGUAUAUGAAAAAUGGACUUGUAAGCUCUACCGGUCCGAUGUAUGGAAUAAUUUCUUUGGUUGUUAUGGAGGAAAUUAUAACAAAAGAGGCUUUUGAAUGGUUGACAAAUGAACCUUUGAUUCUUCGAGCUGCAUCAACAAUUUGUAGAUUAAUGGAUGAUAUGGCUGAUCAUGAAGUUGAACAACAAAGAGGACAUGUUGCUUCAUUUGUUGAGUGCUACAUGAAAGAAUAUGGAGUUUCAAAGCAAGAAACAUAUGUUGAGAUGCGGAAAAAAAUCACAAAUGCGUGGAAAGAUAUAAAUAAGGAACUCUUGCGCCCUACUGCAGUACCAAUGUUUAUCCUCGAACGAUCUUUAAAUUUUUCAAGAUUGGCCGAUACAUUUUUGAAAGAUGAUGAUGGAUACACAAAUCCCAAAUCCAAAGUUAAAGACUUGAUUGCUUCGUUGUUUGUCGAAUCUGUCGACAUAUGAUUAUAUAUAACAAUGCAGACACACCUUCAAAGCUGAGUAUUUGGAGCAAAUAUGGAAGCAUUUUGUAUAUUGUCCAUGUAACCUAUAAGUCACGUGUUUGGACAAUGCCAAUAUUUACUAAUAUUUGCAUUAUGGUAGGUUGUUUACAUCACACCCAUUGGGGGCGACCCUUCCUAAACCUGACAUGAAUGUGGGAUGUUUUGUACACCUGGCUGCUUGUUUUUACUAUUUCACUGUUACAACUUAUUUGGACGGUUGUUACCUAUUGAAUCAUAUAGUAUUGUUACUUAAAUACAAUGUUUAUUUUAAUUAUUACUUAAAUUUUAUUCUAUC